AUGCAGGAAUGCGUAGAUCGGAUCAAAGAGGCGGAGGACGCAUGGGUGUGCCCUGACACUCACUCCCCACUUGUCUCUCCAUCUCCACCCCCCAUGCAGGUUCAGAGUUCAGAGGAGAAGGAGCAAGGAGUUGAUUUCUGGAAGGUUCGGUCAACAAGCCUGGAGGUUCGGAUCAAAGAGGCGGAGGACGCUCGGGCGAGCAUUACUGCCCAGGCCGUGGCUCUGGCACAGCGCAAUCAGGAGCUGACGAGCAGACUGAGACAGUUUCAAGAGGAGGCUGUGGCUGUUGCUGCUCGCAUUCAGGAGCUGACGAGCAGACUGAGAGAGAUGGAGGAGGAGGUGAGGGAAGGGGCAAGCGGUGGAGGGAAGUGUUGGGAGGAAGUGAUGGGAGUGGAAAAGAAUGGCGACACAGCAGCCUUUGCAGCGUUGGAGCAACAACUCACGGACGGCGACACAGCCGCCUUUGCAGCGUUGGAGCAACAACUCACAGACUUCAAGCUGCGUCUCGACCGCGCCCUCCAGGACUCAUCCGGCGACACAGCAGCAUUCGCAGCGUUGGAGCAACAACUCACAGACGUCAAGCUGCGCCUCGACCGCGCCCUCCACGAAUGCUCCUCCCUCGCCGGCACCAGCAGCGGCAGAGCAGCGCUGGGAGGGGCUCUGGGGCUGGAUGCCGCUGGAAACAUCGCCAUGAACAUGGUCCCGAACAGCAGCAGCGGGGGGGGUUUGGCUGCGUUAGGGUUAGGGUUAGGGUCUGCUAGGCGGAUGGGCGCUGGUAGUUAUUUUCCCGAUGCUGCCGGGGCUGCUGGGGGGGGAGCAGGGCGCGUGGGGGGAAAGGGAGGCGGAAAAGGAGGAGGGGGGAUGGGAGGAGGGGAGGGUGAUGGGUUGAAUCUUCAGGUGGCUUUGGAGAGGGCGCCGUUUAUGAUCGCGCACCUGGACACGAGUUUGAGAUACACCUGGGUGUUCAACCACAACCUGCUGGUCAAUCAGGAUAUGAUCGGCAAGAGGGACUAUGAUAUCCUGCCACGUGGCACUCUGGGAGUGGAGGAGGCGAUGGAGAUCAAGCAGCGGGCGCUGGCCACAGGCAAGGCGCAGCGGGGCGAGGUGGAUAUGAUUGGGAAAAGGGACUGUGACAUUCUGCCACGUGGCACUCUAGGAGUGGAGGAGGCGAUGGAGAUCAAGCAGCGGGCGCUGGCCACAGGCAAGGCGCAGCGGGGCGAGGUGGUGUGGCAGCUUCCUGGAAGGCCCCCCAUGGUGUGGGUGACAACUGCCCGGCCAAUCAGAGACGAGAAGGGGCGGACUGUGGGAGUGACUACAUCGAGUGUGGACAUAACAGAGGAGGCGCAGUACAAGGAGCGGCUGAUGGCUCUACGAGCGGAGAUGAUGGUGCGCAACACAACGGAGAAGGAGCUGCGGCGAGCAUACGAGCUCACAGAGGACGCCAUGCGCGCCAAGUCCAUGUUCCUCGCCAUCAUGUCCCACGAAAUCCGCACGCCCCUCAACGGGAUCCUCGGAUUGGCCGAAGUUCUGCUCGAAUCUGGAGCGUUGGAUGAGGAGCAGCGCGAGAUCGUCGAGACGAUGAUGUCAUCGGGCGUGAUCAUAUCAGAUAUUCUCGCGGAUAUUUUAGAUCUCGCGAGUAUGGAAGCCGGGGAGAUGAAGCUGGAGGAGCACCCCUUUGAGCCGGUCGCGGUGGUGAAUCAUAUCUUAAAAAUGGCCAUGGCUGCUACUAAGGAGAAGGGGAUCAAAGUCCUAGCGGAUAUAUCUCCGGACAUUCCGGCGCAGAUUUUAGGAGACGAGUUGCGCGUGCGGCAGGUGAUUAAAUACCUGGUUCUGAACGCGAUUAAGUUCACGCACACGGGGCAUAUCUUGCUGCGGGGGGGGGGAGGGGGAGCAGGAGGAGGAGCAGCAGGGGGUUCUGGUGCUGCUGCUACCUUAGGCCGGGGGAAAGGGCUGGCUGUGGAAAUGCACAGUCAUAAUAAGGGCGCGAGGGCAGGGGGAAGCGGGCGGUUACCGCUGCUGUCCGAUGUUACGGAGGAGCAUUUGAAGAAGCUGGCAAGUUUGGGGAGUUUGGAGCAGGCUGCGCCGCUAUUGGCCGAGCUUCCGACUGAGGAGUAUGAGGAGGAAGAGGAGGAAGAGGAUGGGGAUAGCGAGAGGACGAGAGGGGAGGAGGAGGGGGGGAUGCUGAGACCUGGAGGGGGAGGAGCAGGAGGAGGGUUCUGGGGCUCGAUUGUACCAGCAGGAGGAGCAGAGAAGGGGAAGGGGAAAGCGACAGAAGUGGAGAGGCAGAUAGGCGGGGAUAUGGACGUGUGGUUGUGGUGCGAGGUGCACGACACAGGCGUAGGGAUCCCCAAAGACGCCUUCCCUCUCCUCUUUGAGAAAUUCACCCAAGUGGAAGGCGGUCCGACGCGAGCCUACGGCGGCACGGGGCUGGGACUAGCUAUCUGCAAGCAGCUGGUAGAGCUCAUGCACGGGAAGAUGGCAAUCAAGUCCAAGGUGGGAACCGGGUCGGUGUUUGCGUUCUCGGUGUGCUGCCAGCGGACCUCCCCCCGCUCCCGCCCGGCCUCGCCCACGGGCGCGAGCGCGAUUGCUGCGGCUGUGAACGCGCCGUUCGGGUUUCCCAAGAGUGUGUCUGUGUCGGGGCCUUCGCCUGGGUCUGUGGCCAGGGCGCUGUCGCCUGUGAGGGAGCAUAUGGGGCAGGUGGGGGGAGGAAUGGGGGGGGGCGAGGAUGAGUAUACAGAAGAGGAGGAGGAGGAGGAGGAGGAGGAGGAGGACGAGGAGGGGGAUUAUGAGAGUGAAUAUACGAAUGACUCGCCGAUUGCGAUCACGCCGAAGCACCUGCGGCAACCACGGGGAGCAGCAGCAGCAGCAGGAGCAGCAGCAGGAGCAGGAGCAGGAGCAGGAGCAGCGGGAGCGGGAGCAGGGGUGGUGGGAGGGGGGCUGGCGGGGCUGCUGGCCCGAGCCAAGGCGAUGAAAGGGGAGGUGGGGGGUUCAGGGGAGGGGUUAUCUGGGGGAGGCGCAUCUGGUGCAGGCGCCAUAGGAGGAGCUGGGUCGGUGCCGUCUCUGUCCCCUGCUUCGGCCAAAGGCCCAGAGACAAAGAUUCUUGUGGCUGAAGACAACCCCGUCAACGUGAUGGUGCUGCUCUCCAUGCUCAAGCGCCUGGGGCUGCGCGCCACAGUGGCCAAGAACGGUGUGGAGGCGUUGGAAGCGGUGCGGAAGGAGCGGUUUGACCUGCUGCUGUCGGACCUCUGCAUGCCCCUCAUGGAUGGGUUGCAGGCCGCCUACCUGAUUCGGCAGUAUGAGCGCACGGGGGUGUAUCCAGAGGAGGAGGUGGAGCGAGCGAAGCACAGAGGAGCGCCGGCAGGGGAUGAGAAGUCCGGAAUCGCCUGGCAACCCCCCUCCAACCUCCCCCUCUCCUCCCACCGAGGGGCCCUGCCUCGCCUCCCCAUCAUAGCCGUUACCGCAAACGCUCUUAAGGAGGAUGAAGAGCGGUGCUAUGCGGUGGGGAUGGACGGGUUCCUGGGGAAACCGGUGCAGUUUCCGAAGCUGAAAGAGGCGAUUUCUGAGUUUAUAGAACUCCCCGGGUCACGAUUGCUGCAAGGAGCCGGGAGUGGUAUGAGUGGAGGAGUUGGGAGAGGGGGAAUUGGGCAAUCUAACCCCAAUUCAGGGGCAUCGGGAGGGUUAAUAUCCAUGGGGAGCGGGGUAGCAGCGCUGCUAGCAGGGAUCCCCCCACAGGCCGCCGGCGCCCCUGGGUUUCCCGCCCCGUCCAAGCUCUCGGGCGGCGUCCAGCGUCUCGUAGUGCCCGCCCGGCCGAGCAGCUACAGUGGCUCAGGGUCGGCGAGCGGCAGCAUGACUUACACAGGGGAUGAGGAGGAUUAUCAAGGAGAAGAGGGGGAAUUCGAUGAUGAGUACGAUGAUGAGUAUGAUGAUUACGAGUCGACUGUUUACUCGCCUAGAUCCGCAGCGGUUCGACGCGGUGCCAGGACUCCUGGAGGGGCGAGCACGGCUAGAACCCCCGGGGGAGCGAGUAUGGCUAGAACCCCGGGAACCACUAGAAGCUUCCGAACGUCGAUGUUUUACGAUGGGAGGGAGGAUAGGAGCGUGUAUGGGGGGACAGGGAGUGUGUAUGGGGGUGCGGAGAGCGUGUAUGGGGGCGCGGCUAGUAGCGUGGGUACGGGAACGACUGAUUUUCAUGCGCAGAGAGUGGUGACGUUGCGAGGGGGGACCGCGCCCCUGGGAGGGGGGAUGGGAGGAGGUGGGGGCGUGGGAGGGAUGGGAGGAGGAAUGGGAGGGUUAAGAGGGACGGGAGGGGUGGGAGGGGCAGGAUUCGGAGCAGGAGGGCUAGCAGGUGGAGCAGGGCUGGCAGGAGGAGCAGGGUUAGCAGGAGGGGGAGCAGCUGGGGGAUUGUCAGGAGCAACUGCUGCUAAUAUAGCAGCACUGCGCUAUCUUACUGCCCGCGCUGCAGGAAUUUGGCUCAAGGAGGGAGGCUUUUGGGAGGGAAUUUGGCUUAUAACGGAGGUGCUUAUAAUGCAGCGUUGGGUGGUGGGGCGGGUGUUGGGGGAGUGGGAGGGGGGUUGGGAGGGGCAGGAGGCCUGGGCGGAGGUUUGGCAGGAGGCUUGGGGGGAGGUAUGGGAGGAAGUUUGGCAGGUGGUUUGGGAGGAGUGGGAGGAAGAGGCACAGCAGCUGCAGUACCUUAUUCAGCAGCAGCAGAUGCUAUUGGCCCAUACACACGCUCAGAUACAAGCAAGGCAGCAGCAGCAGCAGCAGCUGCAGCAGCAACAGCAGUUGCAGCAGCAGCGGCAGCAGCUGCAGCAACAGCAGCAGCAAUUGCUGGCAGCAGGAGGGUUGGGGAGGAACUUAGGGGGAGGUAUGGCUGGUAGCACGGGGUUAAGUGCUGGUGGCGUGGGAGCGAUGGGGUUAAGUGGUGGUGGUGUGGGGAAUUUGGGGUUAAGUGCUGGAGGUUUGGGAGGUAUGGGGUUAAGUGGUGGUGGUGCUGGUAUGGGUGCUGGUGUAGGGGGGCUGGGAGGAGGUUUGAUGAAUCGAGGAGGGAUGGGAUUGGCAGGUAUGGGAACCGCAGGUUUGGGAGCAACAGGCUUGGGAGCAGCAGGCUUAGGAGCAGCAGGUUUGGGAGCAGCAGGCUUGGGAGCUGCAGGCUUGGGAGCAGCAGGAAUGGGAGCGAGAACUGGAGCACUGGGGGCAGGCGGGAUGGCCAAUGCUGGCUCUCUAGCAGCAUUGGGGCUAGGAGGAGGAACAACGGGAGGGCAAUUGCGGAGUGAAUUUCAAGGAAUGGGAGGGGUAGGGGACAGGGGAAGAGGAGAGAUGGGAGGAGGAGCAGGAGCAGGGGCAGGAGGAGGAGGACGAGGAGGAGGAGGGGUGCGGGGCACUGUAGCAGCCCGGGUCGCCCCUCAGCGCCGCCCGGAGUUCCUGGCCGGUGCAGUUACCAGCGAGAGCAGGUUCGGCGAGGAGAGCUACAGUGAGAGCGAGAGCACGAACGCCCGGAGCCGCGGCAGGUUCGGCGGAGGUCCGGGAAUGGGCCGCGAAGGCUCGGGGAUCGGGCAGAGCAUGAUCGGGGGGAGCUCGAGGGAAGGUGGGGGGUCUGUUACUUCGUCUAUGCUGAAAGGGAGUGUGGGGGCGGGACUGGGGGGGGUGAAUCUGAGAGAUGGGGGGUUUGUGAGUAGGUAUGGGCAGAGCCCAUAUCCUAGAGCUGGGGCGAGUGGGGGUGGGGGUAAAUGGAGCGAAAGUCAUACCUCCCGAACCACUUCUUCAGCUAAGGGCAGGGAUCUUGACAGGAGAGGUAUGGGAGGAGGUAUGGGAGGAGGGAUGGGAGGAGGGAUGGGAGGAGGGAUGGGAGGGAUGGGAGGAGGGAUGGGGGGAAUGGGAGGCGGCAUGGGAGGAGGGGAAGAAGGGGAUGGGAGGAGAGGGGGGUAUCAAGGAGGGUCCCCUCCUAGGAUGGCUGCAGGGCAAGCGGUUUCAGCAGCAGCAGCAGCCGCAGCAGCAGCGGCUGCAGCAGCAGCAGCAUCACAGAGAGCACUGGCAGCCACCUCUGCCGGAGCUGCAGCCAUGGCAGGCCGAGCCGAGAUGGUUCGGGAAGAGGAACGGGCCGAGCGGCGCCGAACCAAAGCCGCAGCUUCGGCAGCAGGGUUAGAAGGUAGAGAGAGAGGCGGGGGCGGUGGAGGGGGGUAUGGAGAUGGGAUGGGCAUGGGGAGAGAGGGUGGAGGUAUGAACGGUGCAGAUCAGGCGUUUGGGCCACCGAGGGAUCGAGAGUCGUUGAUUGCGUCUAAGAUGGAGCUUCAGGAGCGGGCUGUGCAGCGACGGUCCAGAUUGCAGGCCCCGCAACGGACGGCUGAGAUGGGCCAAGGUGGUGGUGGUGGUGGUGGCGCUCGAAACAUGGGGUAUUGGAACUAA